GACGGCGCAGAUCUCAGUGCGAAAUUUUUGCUUUGUUCGACAAUAAUGUAAAGUUUUUGCAUUACAAAAUUAUGUGAUAAAGUAAAUUUAAUUUAUUGUAACCAACUAAUUAUAGAAUUAAACCCAAAGUACAAACAUAAAAAUAAUAUAAAUAUAUUAAAUGCGUAAUGGUGCCUUUAACACUUAAAUUCAUAAGAACACAAUGGCGUGCUUUUAUCACCACUCACCCCUUGAUCAGAGGAUCAAUAUCCUAUGCGAUAUUAUGGCCCACCGGAAGUUUAAUACAACAAACGCUUGAGGGUAAAAAUUUAAAAACCUAUGACUAUAUGCGCAUGUUAAGAUUUAGUUUAUUUGGAUCUCUUUACGUUGCCCCAUCAUUAUAUGGUUGGUUUAGAUUAACUUCUGCGAUGUGGCCCCAAAUGAAUGUGAGAACUGGUCUGUUAAAGGCCGCCAUUGAACAAAUUUCAUAUGGUCCUUUUGCUUGUGCAAGCUUUUUCAUGGGUAUGUCGUUAUUGGAAAUGAAAUCUUUUUCAGAGGCCGUCGAAGAAACAAAGGAAAAAUUUUUACCCACAUUUAAGGUGGGUAUUUGCAUAUGGCCGAUUUUACAGACAAUAAAUUUUUCCAUAAUACCUGAAAGAAAUCGACUUGUUUUUGUAAGUAUUUGUAGUUUAAUGUGGACCACAUUUUUGGCCUACAUGAAAAGAAAGGAACUAGUCGAUCACCACGACUCACAUCGGGGGAAUACAAUUGAACAAUAAAAUUCCGCGUUAGAAAUAGUUAGAGCAAUUUUAGUAUUAAAUGUACAUACAUAUAUAAACAAGGUUUAUUUUUGUUGUCAAAAUAUUUAUAAUAAAGUGCAUUUAAUUAAUUAAGA